AUGAAUGCUGAUACUUGUGUUUCUUAUUGUGAUCCGGCUGCCAUGGAUUCCUACUACAACGCAGCCUCCCAGGACACAGAAGGCUCCUCGCCUUUUAGGGCAUUUCAAGCAAGUGACAAGUUCAGCCCUACUUUCCUGGCCAGCAAAGGACAAGGCUUUGGUGACAGCAGCACUAAGUGCCGGAGCCGCUACAGCCAGCAGGAAUGUCAGUCCCUGGAUGGCAGCGUGCAGGCUCCCGGCUCUGCCGGGUCUCCGGCCUCCUUUAACAAAUACCCUCCGCAGCAGCAGCAGCCGCCGCACCUCUACAUGCAGCGAGGCCCCUGCAAAACUCCCCCGGACAGCAACAUCAAGCUGCAAGAGAGCAGCGGCCACAACGGAGCCCUGCAGGUCUCCUGUUACGGUAAGGAAGGCGGUUUGGGAGAGCCUGACUUGCAGCCAAGCUCUGACCCUUCAGCCAUGGACAGCAGCUACCUCAGCGUGAAGGAGGCCGGGGUGAAAGUGCCCCAGGACAGGGCCAGCACAGACCUCCCCAGCCCCAUGGACAAGGCCGACUCGGAGAGCAACAAGGGCAAAAAGCGGAGGAACCGCACCACCUUCACAAGUUACCAGCUGGAGGAGCUGGAGAAGGUCUUCCAGAAGACCCACUAUCCCGAUGUCUAUGCCAGGGAGCAGCUAGCCAUGAGGACAGACCUCACCGAGGCUCGUGUACAGGUGUGGUUUCAGAACCGGCGAGCAAAAUGGCGCAAGCGGGAGCGGUUCGGUCAGAUGCAGCAGGUCCGGACCCACUUCUCCACCGCCUAUGAGCUGCCCCUGCUCACCCGUGCUGAGAACUACGCCCAGAUCCAGAACCCCUCUUGGAUUGGCAACAACGGAGCCGCCUCCCCCGUGCCUGCCUGCGUCGUCCCCUGCGAGACGGUGCCCUCCUGCAUGUCCCCCCAUGGCCACCCCCACGCGGCCGGCGGCGUCUCCGAGUUCCUUGGAGUCUCCGGGCCCGGCAGCCACGUGGGACAGACUCACAUGGGUGGCCUCUUCGGCACAGCCGGCAUGAGCCCCAGCCUCAAUGGCUACGAGCUGAACAGCGAGCCGGACCGCAAGACCUCCAGCAUCGCUGCCCUGAGGAUGAAAGCGAAGGAGCACAGCGCCGCGAUCUCCUGGGCGACAUGA